CGUGCUAACACUGAAGACUGAGCCCUGUGCCACACUGCCAUUGUGUUCAGACUGACUAGUGAUAAUUUAGAUUGUGCUUGAGCGGAUUGCGGAUCGUGUGGCCAUCAGAGAACUCUACCCACUACCUGUUCAGAUUUGGGAAAGCAGAGAACGGCCAUCAAACUACUAAAAGAAUGUUCCUCCUCGCGGCCCUUUGCUUGGCCCUGACGGCGAUGGGUGGUCAGGCCAGGCCCCUGGAGCCCACGGCCCAGCACAUCGUGAUCGUGACCCCGCAGGCGCAGGUUCAUCUGGAGCCGGCCCUCCGCUAUGUCCAUGGCCUGUCGCCACUGGCCCGCGUGUCCUCGCCGCACCACCACGAGGAGACCAUUGUGUAUGUGCCGGCCGGAACUGCAGCGCAGGUGGUGCCCGUUGUGGAUGCCGUCGGAUCUGGUCGAGCUGGUGGUGCGCCGGAGACCAAGCAGUGGGAGAAUACGGGCGAGAUCGCCAACCAGAUCCAGCAGGUAUCGCAGCAGGGCGUCGAGAUCGUGAGUGGCCAGUUGAGCGAGGCGGCAGCAUCGGCAGCCUCCGCCGGAGCGGGCUUCUUUCCCUCCCUGUUCCCGCCCAGCGGCUCCAAGAAGGAGGAGCAACUGCUGCAGGGUCUGAAGAGCGAGAAGAUUGAGCUGAUCGAGACGCCGGCCAACACGCAGCCACUGAUUGCCACCGAGGCCCGGCACUUCUACAGCAUUCCCCAGGUGUAUCACACGCCGGUGGUGGAUGUGGUCCAUGGUCCCGUCUACACCUGGCCCAUUUCGGCCAUCCGGGCACGCAGCAUCCAGCAGGAACCGGAACCGGAACUGGUGGCCACCGAUGCUGGCCUGAAACUGGCCUUGAAGGCAGAGCCACAGGCCGAGAUUCAGCCGGAGCCACAGGCCUUGUUGAAGGAGCAGCUGCAGCCGUUGUUGAUCAAGGAGCAGCCACAGGCACUGCCACAGGCACUGCCACUGCUGAAGGAGCAGCUGACGGAGCAGCCCUUGGAGCAGGCUGCCCUGGAGCAACAGAAGCCCAUCAUUGCCGAGGCCAGCGAGCCGAAGGCCGAGUUCGCAGGACGUCUGCUGGAGAGCAAUGCCAUCAAGCAGGAGCUGAAGGAUGCCGAGAUCGCCAAGGAGCAGCUGAAAGAGGAUCCAGCCAAGAUUCAGCAGCAGGAGGAGCUGAACAAGGCCAUUCCGGCUGAGCCGCUGCCCAAAACCAUCCAGCCGGAGCCGCUGACCAAGACCAUUGCCGCCGAGGCCAUCCAGGCCGAGCAGCCGAAGCAGCAGGAGAUCCAGCAGAUCAUUCCUGCGCAGCCAGCAGAGAUCGCCGCAGAUGCCAUUAAGCCGCUGGCUUAGAACUCAGAUCCAGAUCCAGAUCCAGAUCUCUGAAUCUCACACUCAUCCCUUGGGCAGCUUUGGUUCUUCGACUGAUUCUCACAAGCUGGCCCGGCGCAUAGAUGACCGGGCCAUGGGGUUUCCCCACAUCCACAUCCACAACCAGCAAACAACACCCACCAAUCGUACAUUUAAUUACUAACACAGAGCACACGCAUCCGCACACACACAUUUUCCAUUUUCCAGACAUUAAUUAACAGUGGCGAAACGAGAAAGAGACAUUCAUUCAUAAUUAUCAUCACGAAAGCGUUCGUAUUCAUCAUCAUCAUUACAUAUUCAUUAACCAUAACAUUG